GCGGCCGGCUCGGGAUGGUGCUCCUGCCCCUGUGGGUCGCGGCCGCCGCGCUCCUGGGGCUCCGCGCUGCGGCCGGGCGGCAGGCUGGUAAAGAACAACAGAUCCAAAUAGAAUUACGAAAAAGCAGACCGAGACCAUACGGGUUAGUGAUUCCAGUUAGUACUAAUGCAGACGGAAGCUACAUCUCCAAUAUCCUCUCUGCAAGUCACCAAAGAAGAUCAACGCGGGAGGUAUCCCAAAGCCCCAAACAGCUGUAUUUUAAUGUCACUGCAUUUGGAAGGGAAUUCCAUCUUCGGCUGAAACCAAACACUCGUUUAGUGGCUCCUGAGGCUGUAGUGGAGUGGUACGAAGACUCUGUGGAAACUGGAAACGAUGCUGGUAACACAAGUCAGACUAGAGCUGCUGCAGAGAGAUUAUGGAAAAGAGAGCCCCUGUGGACCAACUGUGCAUACGUGGGAGACAUCACCGACAUCCCUGGAGCUUCUGUUGCUGUUAGCAAUUGUGAUGGUCUGGCUGGAAUGAUAAGAACUGAUAAGGAUGAAUACUUCAUUGAGCCUUUGGAAAGAGGAAAGCAAAUGGAAGAAGAAAAGGGAAGAAUCCACAUGGUGUACAGACGUUCUGCUGUAGUGCAAUAUCCUACCGAUAUACUCCCUGAUGUCCAUACUGAAGAAUCUCCUCUCAGUGGCCUUGGAGAGCUGAGUUCUCUGUACAGCAGUGUAGAGCAGCAGCUGAAUGAAACCCUGCGGCGACGCCGACACGCAGGAGACGACGACUACAACAUUGAGGUGCUGCUAGGAGUGGAUGACUCUGUCGUCCGAUUCCAUGGCAAGGAACACGUUCAGAACUACCUCCUCACCCUCAUGAACAUAGUGAAUGAAAUUUACCAUGAUGAAUCUCUGGGUGUCCACAUAAAUGUUGUGCUGGUCCGAAUGAUUAUGUUGGGGUAUGCAAAGUCCAUUAGCUUGAUUGAAAGGGGGAAUCCCUCGAGAAGCCUGGAGAAUGUUUGCCGCUGGGCGUAUCAGCAGCAGAAGUCGGACCCCAACCACUCUGAGCACCACGAUCAUGCCAUCUUCUUAACCAGGCAAGAUUUUGGGCCUGCUGGUAUGCAAGGAUAUGCUCCUGUUACUGGCAUGUGCCACCCAGUGCGAAGCUGUACUCUCAACCACGAGGAUGGAUUUUCAUCAGCUUUUGUUGUUGCUCAUGAAACGGGUCACGUGCUGGGAAUGGAGCAUGAUGGGCAAGGGAACAGAUGUGGGGAUGAGACAGCGAUGGGGAGUGUCAUGGCUCCCUUGGUGCAGGCUGCCUUUCAUCGUUACCACUGGUCCAGAUGCAGCGGCCAAGAGCUCAAAAGAUAUAUACACUCUUAUGACUGUCUUCUUGAUGACCCCUUUGAGCAUGACUGGCCCAAGCUUCCUGAACUGCCAGGCAUCAAUUAUUCCAUGGACGAACAGUGCCGCUUUGAUUUUGGUGUUGGCUAUAAAAUGUGCACAGCGUUCCGGACCUUUGACCCGUGCAAGCAGUUGUGGUGCAGCCAUCCAGAUAACCCGUAUUUCUGUAAGACUAAGAAAGGACCUCCACUCGACGGCACAGAAUGUGCCCCUGGAAAAUGGUGCUACAAAGGUCACUGCAUGUGGAAGAAUGCUAACCAGCUGAAACAGGAUGGCAACUGGGGACCCUGGACAAAAUUUGGCUCCUGCUCACGGACCUGUGGAACUGGAGUUCGCUUUCGAACACGCCAGUGCAACAAUCCAAUGCCCAUUAAUGGAGGUGAAGACUGUGCUGGUGUCAAUUUUGAGUUUCAACUGUGCAAUACAGAGGAGUGCCCGAAGCACUUUGAGGACUUCAGAGCACAGCAAUGUCAGCAACGCAAUUCCCACUUUGAGUAUCAGAACAGCAAGCACCACUGGCUGCCUUAUGAACACCCUGACUCUCAUAAGAGAUGUCACCUGUAUUGCCAAUCCAAAGAAACAGGAGAUGUUGCUUAUAUGAAACAACUGGCACACGAUGGGACUCGCUGUUCCUAUAAGGAUCCCUACAGCAUCUGUGUCCGUGGAGAAUGUGUGAAAGUGGGUUGUGACAAGGAAAUUGGCUCCAAUAAGGUCGAAGACAAGUGUGGUGUCUGCGGCGGGGAUAACUCUCAUUGCCGAACUGUGAAGGGAACCUUUACCCGCACUCCCAAAAAGCUCGGGUACCUUAAGAUGUUUGAUAUCCCUCCUGGUGCUCGACAUGUGUUUAUCCAAGAAGACGAGGCUUCCCCUCACUUUCUUGCCAUUAAGAACCAAGCUACGGGACACUACAUUCUGAACGGGAAGGGGGAGGAAGCCAGAUCCCGAUCUUUCAUCGACCUGGGUGUGGAGUGGGAGUACAACAUAGAAGACGACAUAGAAACUCUGCACACUGACGGGCCCCUGCACGAUGCAGUGGUUGUACUGAUCAUUCCUCGGGAGAAUGACACAAGAUCUAGCCUGACUUACAAGUACAUCAUUCAUGAGGAUUCGGUGCCAACCAUCAACAGCAACAACGUCCUCCAGGAAGAAAUAGAUACUUUUGAGUGGGCAUUGAAGAGUUGGUCGCAGUGCUCCAAACCCUGUGGUGGAGGGUUCCAGUACACCAAAUACGGAUGCCGCAGGAAAAGUGACAACAAAAUGGUUCACCGCAGCUUCUGUGAAGCCAACAAAAAGCCAAAGCCCAUUCGCAGGAUGUGCAAUCUUCAGGAAUGCACACAGCCUCUCUGGGCAGCAGAUGAGUGGGAAUACUGCACAAAAACCUGUGGGAAUUCAGGCUACCAGCUCCGUACCGUGCGCUGCAUCCAGCCCCUCCACAACGGGGCCAACCGCUCCGUCCAUUUCAAGUACUGCAGUGGUGAUCGCCCCGAGAGCCGCCGGCCCUGCAACCGCGUGCCCUGCCCUGCGCAGUGGAAGGCUGGGCCCUGGUCUGAGUGCUCUGUGACCUGCGGGGAGGGAACAGAGACCCGGCAGAUCUCGUGCCGUGCUGGUGACCGGUGUGAUGGAGAAAAGCCAGAAUCAGUGAGGGUGUGUAAGCUCCCUCCCUGUAAUGAUGAGCCCUGUAUGGGAGACAAAUCCAUCUUCUGUCAGAUGGAAGUGCUUGCCCGUUACUGUUCCAUCCCUGGCUACAACAAGCUGUGCUGCGAGUCCUGCAGCAAGCGCAGCAGCACCCUCCCGCCGCCACUCCUUACCGAGGCUGCUCAGGCUGAGGAGGAGGUGAUGUUUGGUCAGAGCGACCUGCCUCGGGCUCUGACGAUGCCAACACCUGCAGUGCCCCACCACGCACAGUUCCUGCCUGGGAGAAGUACUCUGGGUGGUCUCUCUUGGGCAGAAGAGGACGCAGAUACUGACGUCUCCCUGUCAAACACCAAGCCCGAAGGUGCUGAAUUUCCACAGUGGAGAACUCCUCAGGCAAGGAAGACUUCUAGGUUGUUUGCUCUGCUGCACCAGUCACCUGCCAACAGCAGCAGCCUCGCUCUUCGUCGCAGCCCUGCGCCAGCAGCGGCUGUCCCUGCAGUGCCAGCUGAUAACACCGCAGCCGGUGCUCCUUCUUCAUCCAGAAUCUCAAGGAAGAGUGGGAAGCACAUCGAGAAGAGAUGGCCUUCAAGGUCCUCCGCUGUGGAGAGAUGAGUGUGAGUGCCUCGAGGACAGCCAUCGAAAGAGGCUUUGACACUUUGGGUCUAAUGUCCUGGCUUCUGGAUGCUAUGGUGCAUGCUGCUUCCCACAAAAGCAGGACACUGCAGGUCAUCAACUUAUUUUCCUUGUAAAUACGAAGAACAAGAAGUGCUGGUUCACUUUCUAGUUGCUCCCGUCCUCCUCCCGUACCACGUUACCUGGCUAGCUUAAAUAUGUUGGAGGAAAGAACCAAAGAAUAUUCCCGACAGUGAGCAGAAGUCGCUGAGGGCAUCAGUCAAGCUCCAGUACAGAAAAGUGGCCGUGACCUCAGCACUCACCUUGUGAUUUUUGUUUUUAAACACCUGUAUGUAGAAAAUGCCCCACUACAAGAGGUAACCAAAUGUUUACACUACACAAAAUACUUUUGCAAUGGAACAACUGAAUCCGUAAGACUUGUUUUGCUAAUUUAUCUAUGUAAACAGAUAUUGUAUGAGCAAAUUUGCAGCUGUUGUGUAAAUACUGUAUAUUGCAGAAAACCAGUAUUAUUUUUAAGAGUUCUGUGCUGUCAGAUGACUGUUUACCUAUGUUGCAUUCCGGACAAUUGCUAGGUGCCUGCCGCUGAGUACUGCCUUACUGACAUUCCAAGAGUUCAUUUUUAAAGCAGCAUUAUCAUAAAAGGAGGAGUUCUGUUUUAAUAUCAAUUACAUUUGCUGACACUAGGAAAGAAGGGGUUUAUUUGAGUAUCACCAACAUGAUGCUGUCUUCUGAAACAGAGGAAAAAAAGGUGUCAACCUGAAGGUAUAAGUCUACGUAGAGCCACCCGCCUGUUAACAGCAGGUUUAAAGAAAGGUGAGUGUAAUUCCAGUCACAGGUGCAAAAUGGUUUUCCCUGCCUGUGAAAUAACAGAAUCCCAGAAUGGUGGAGGUUGGAAGGGACCUCUACAGAUCAUCCAGUCCAGCCCCCUGCUAAAGCAGGUUCACCUCAAUCAGGUUGCACAGGAACAUGUCUAGGCAGAUUUGGAAACCUCCAGAGAGGGAGACUCUACACCCUCUCUGGGCAGCCUGUGCCAGGGCUCUCUCAUUUGAACAGCAAAGACAUUUCUCCUCAUGUUCAAGUGGAACUCCCUGUGUUCCAAUUUGUGCCCAUUACCCUCGUCCUGUCACUGGCAACCCCAGAAAAAAGACCAGCCCUAUCCUCUCAACACCCAUCCUUUAAGUAUUUAUGAGCAUUGAUAAGGUCCUCUCUCAACCUUCUCUUCCCCAGGCUAAACAGCCCCAGGUACCACAGCCUUUCCUUAUAAGAGAGAUGUUCCAGUCCUGUCAUCAUCUUGGUAGCCCUCAUUGGACUGUCUCCAGUAGUUCCCUGUCUCUCUUGAGCUUCCAAGAAGCCCAGAACUGGACACAGUACUCCAGAUAAGGCCUUACUUGGGCAGAGCAGAGUGGGAGGAGAACCUCCCUCAACCUGCUGGCCACACUCUUCUUGAUGCACCUGAGAACGCCAUCAGCCUUGGCCACAAGGGCAUAUUGCUGGCUCAUGUUUAGUUUGCUGUCCACCGGGACUCCCAGGUUCCUCUCCUCAGAGACGGUCAGCCCCGGUCUGUAUUAGUGCAUGGGGUUGUUCCUCCCCAGGUGCAGGACUCUGCACCUGCCCUUGUGGAACCUCAUGAGGUUCCUACCUGCCCAGAGAUGCUGGCUGCAGCCCACACUGGGCAGGCACAGCUGCCGCUCAGGAGGAGCAGUGCUGACCCUUCAGUCUCCUUGCUGCAGCGGUGGGCCCAGCGUGGAAACUCCCAUAGACAGCGUAAGUACUGCAAUGUUCACCAAGCAAAAAGGAGGCCUGGCUUCCAGAUGGACUCUUGGUUAUUCCUGAAGCUGGAAAAGCAUCACCGAGGUAGGGUAGGCACUCACAAGAUGUAGCUGUGGCAAGACUUAAAAUAGGUUUGAGGGUUUUUUUCCUACUGGAAGCAAUGAUUUUUAAAGGUGAGAGAGAUAUUUAUUUUUCAGCAUGGUUCACCUCUAAAUCUCCACAACCACAAUGCAUCUGACUGCAAUAAUGUAUGAGUAAUUUAUGUCAAUGACCAUCUUGUUCACACUCCACCCAAUCGCACUCUCUCCAGUGUGUUGCUGUAAAGUACUUGUAUAUAGGAUUGAGAACUAAAGAUAUUUAUUAAAAGUUGAUUUCUUGAUAGUAUUUUAUGUACUAAGUAUUUACACUAAGGGCAGUUGACUAUUCUUUUUGCCAAGAUAAAAUAGAGAGAUGUAAUUAGAUACCUGUACAUGCUAUGUUGCUAUGUCAUAUGGAUAGAACAGAAAUUUAAGCUAACUAAACUACUGUAGAGAAAUUGUUGAUCUUAUUCUUCAGAAGAAAAAGUCUUAUGACAGCUUUUUAAUUUCUAAAUAGAUUAUUAAAGUCUCAUGUGCAAUUUUUGCUUCCCUGUGAAAAGUCCUCAUGAUGGCCCCAUUAUAAAGAGCAAUGACUAUGUACCUCUAAAAUGCUGUAAAGUAGAUUAGAGCCCCAAACAUUCGACUCUCAGAACAUCUGUAGUGACUAUGAGGAAUCACUAGGAAGAAAUAAGGAUGCAAAUUCUUGUUUUAAAGUAAAAGAGAAUGAAGGUAGGUUCAUCCUGCUGAGGGAAGAAGAGGGUCACACUAUGCAAGAUGCAUCCUGCAUCACCAUGUCUGUAAUCCAGCCCACUCAAGCAUUGACACCUCUAAAGAAUUGCUGCUACCUUUCUGCAGGGCUUUUGAAGGUCCAAGAAAUUAGCAUUAAACAGAUGGAACAGACAAUCCCUGAGCCUCAAACAGACAAAUAGGGUGUGUUUGUUUCUUUCAAAUUCCCCAAAAGUCAAAUUCUCUUUUCUCUCUCUCUUUUACACAUACACAAUGUGGGUGUAGAUAAUCCUUGUACCUUUUUGGUUUAUUUUCUACCAAGCUAAUUUCUCUUUCUGUAAAGUGUACACUACUGAUACUGUUUGUUGUAUUGGGGAGCACGUAACAAUAAAAUC